CUCCGAGAAAACAUCCACUCUCUGAUCAUAGUUCAAGUCUCAGCUGUCAACCAAACUCUCCUUGGACUAUCAUAACUCUGUGUAGAGAAUAAGUACCCAAGGUACGGUAGUAUACCCCGGGCCUCUCUAUCUGCUCUACCGCCUCAGUGUUUGAAAGAGCAACCGACUUGUUUGCCUGGAGCAACAACAAGUCUCAGAUAAUUUCACCCUCAAGUCGCAAGUCGCACCUGCCGUCUAGAUCCUGAGUGCUUGGACCACGCGUCUAGACACUGAAUUUCCUCUUUUUUUGCCGUGACAAACUUCAACUUGUUCCCCGUCUUCUUCUUUCUCCCUCUCAACAUCUCACCUUUUUUCUCAACAACCAAGCAUCUUGAACUUCCACUUUUCCUCGGAAGAGCAGUCAUCCCCCAGGCAAAAACAGACCACAUACAUAAUCCAAAACAUCUGACCGAAUCGUAUCGUGGAUCCCCCAAGUUGGAGCACCCCCCUCGCCCGCAGUCCCCAAUCGAUUCGCGCUUCCACACGCCGCGCACGCUUAGAUCACUUUCUUGGGCAUAAACUGCUUUUUUUGUGGGUCCGUCUGUCCAAGCUCAGUCCUUGUUAGCUUCGACUCCGUUCUCGUCGCCCUUUGUCGGUCGGAACGACACACUUUGAUCAACAUCCACUUUCCAAACCCCCAUCGCAACAUCACAACCGCCACCAUGUCCGAGCAAGUCGAUCUCACCACCAUCCCUAUCAGCCCCGAGGGCGGCAACACCAACGGCGACGCUGCCGCCGCCAAGGACGACAAGACCGUCACCGUCUUCCACGACAAGGAGCACUUCAAUGUCAAGCACCCUCUCUCCAACCGCUGGACCCUUUGGUUCACCAAGCCCUCAAGCGGAAAGGGCGACAACUGGAAUGAUCUCCUGAAGGAGGUUAUCACCUUUGAGACGGUCGAGGAGUUCUGGGGUGUAUAUAACAACAUCGCCCCGGUAUCAGAGCUUGCUCUCAAGUCCGAUUACCAUCUCUUCAAGGAGGGCGUGCGCCCCGAGUGGGAGGAUCCCCAGAACAAGCACGGUGGCAAGUGGUCUUACCAGUUCAAGGAGAAGCGCAAUGUCAACAUUGACGAGAUCUGGCUGCAUACUAUGCUUGCUGCGAUCGGCGAGACUCUCGAGGAUGAGGAGGACGGUGAGGUCAUGGGCGUUGUCGUCAACGUCCGCAAGGCCUUCUUCCGUGUUGGUGUCUGGACUCGCACUAUCGGCAAGCACAUUCCCGGCCGCGGCGACGGAGACAUUUCUGGCGGCAAGGGUAGAUCCCCUGAGAAGGGCAAGGAGAUCCUGAUGGCUAUCGGCCGCCGCUUCAAGGAGGUCCUCCAGCUCCCGCCCAACGAGGCUCUCGAGUUCUCCGGCCACACGGAAUCCGCUCACAGCGGCAGCUCUCGCGCUCGUGCCAAGAUGACCGUCUAAAUGCGCUCUCUAGUUUUGGCCAUGUCAUUGACAAGCUAAAGUCCAGCCCGGCUUUAGCAGGCAGCUUCGUUAUCAUGCAUACAACGGGCCGCUUAUAAUAUCUACGACGUUCGAAAAAGAACGACAUGCGGUCUCGGCGGCGGCAUACACGCAGACGACAACGCAUAGAAAUAUGGGAUAUCUCGUUGACGAAAAAGCUACCCGCUUCAUUUACUUGGUGGAGGAACACGGGAGUCGGGAAUGGGGGAAUCUAGCCGUGGCGUCGGUUUCCAAAAAUCCUUUUUACAUUUCAUUCAGCAGCUCUAUUGAGGUCCUUAUCAUGGCGUUAUUUGACUUUGGAAGUUAAGGCAGCCUUUAAGUCGGUUUUAUACCAAGUGGCCUCCCACUCACAGAUUUAUGCAUAGAUCUGAGCCUGGGCUGUCAUGGAAUUAGAGAAUGGUUUACACUCAGGACGAGAUGGGGUUGCCGCACUAUUUCCAUCGGGUUCCUGAGAGAGCAUGUGUAUGGUGUGUUGGGCUUUUGCGGCGGGCAUGGGUCACAGUCGUCGCGGGAUAUGGGACAUUGAUAGGAGCUUAGUGAGGAAUAAAAGCAUUGGUCCUCUACAUUUGGCCGGAAAUGGACAUGCGUCUUUGUUGACUAACAUUAACGUUAAAGGCUCGGAACAGGAAACUAUGGCUUGUUACCUCUGGUUGUGAACAGCCGUCCUGGGCACCACUCAUAGUUUGCCUUGAGAGUCAGCGAGCUUUUUACUAGAGGAAUUGAU